GGUGCAAGAAUCAUACCCGCUGGCGGCCGAUUGUUGCCAGUUGCGCGGGUGAGAGCCUCACCCACCCCCUACCCCUAUAGCAGCCGGCCACAUAGCAAUAGCAUGCCAUGCAGUUCAACCCAACUUCGGUGAACCUGAAAUCUAAAGUCCUGACCCGCCCUGCCCUCAACGGGGGAGGGAGUUCCUUCAUUCGGCUCCAAAUAUCCGGCUUUAAACUCUGAGCGAACCGUAUCCCUCACAACACUGGUGAACAUGACCCGCGGCAGGGCCUCGUACCCCGUCACCAAGCUCAUGAGCCCCGAGGUGGGCAAGUGGGUGACGGUGAACGUCAACGGCAACAGCCACCACGAGGCGCGCAUCCUCAUCAGCCCCUACACGAUGCGCCAGUUCGAGAACCUGCUGUCGCACCUCACCGACAAACUCAAGCCGCCCUUCGGGGCCGUGUGGCGCCUGUUCACGGAGGACGGCCUCGAGAUCCGGGACCUGGAGGACAUCAAGGGCGGCCAGACGUACAUCGCGUCGGGCCGCGCCAAGCCCAUGUUCCCCGUCAGGAAGGCGCGCGGGCGGCGCGAGAGCGCGGCGGGCGGCCGCGAGCGGGAGCUGCGCAGCCACAGCGCGGUGGGCUCGCUGGGCGGAGGCCGCGCGGGGCACGCCGGACACGUCCUGGACGCGGCGAGCGACACCAACGUCAAGAACAAGCACGCCCUGUCGGCGGGGGGAGCGCCGGCGCCGAGGCCCGCGCCCGCCCCGCGCAGGGGAAAGUCUAGCCGCACCCGCGGGGUCGGAGAACAGAGCGAGUGCGCGGGACAAGUGUGGGACGGACCUUUGCACAACCAGCAGCAAAAUCACUAUCAGCAACCUGUUCCUUCAUCCAAACGGAAAUUGAGUGCUGGCAAAAAGCACCACAUGGAAGACUAUGAUAGUGAAGAGGACUUGGGCAAGCUGGAGGUAAUAUCAAACAAGUCGCCACUGCCAGGCAUCAAUCAAGUGAAUACAAAGAUGAGUGUGGGUAGAAAACAGCCUUAAAGCUCCCCUGUCAAAGUCAUCAGGUACCAACAAAAUUUAGUUCAGUAUCCUUGAUGGUCACUGCUAUUUGUUUGGGAUAGUGGGAAAAACUUCACAUAAAGCAAUUUAUAAAAUUCCACACAUUGUAUGAUAUUAUUUUUCUGAUUAUAAUACAAGUAAACGAAGUAGCUACAAAUGUUUGAUUGGGAAAGUACAAAAGGAAAAAGGGAGGAUAUAAUUACAGUAGCAUGCGGAAAUCAGAAGCUUCCUCAAUAAAACCUUUUUGGUAUACAAAGAUGCAAAUGUC